AUGGAGAUGUACUACAAAGCUUUAUGUCUGCUGAUAGUGAUCAUACUUGUGAGGAGUGUAGAAGGGCAAUUGAAUGAGAACUUUUAUAAAUCAACUUGUCCUAACGUCGAAACCAUUGUUCAACAGGCUGUGCAAACUAAGGUUCAACAGACGCAGUUUGCAAUCCCGGCCACCCUUCGCCUAUUUUUCCAUGACUGCUUUGUUGAGGGAUGUGAUGCCUCGAUUCUUAUUGCUUCACGAAAUAAUGAUGCUGAAAAGGACUCCAAGGAAAAUCUUUCCUUAGCCGGAGAUGGCUUUGACACUGUCAUAGAGGCGAAAAAGGCAGUCGAAGAUCAAUGCCCCGAGAUUGUCUCGUGUGCAGACAUUUUAGCUCUUGCU